UUGCAGCAAUUCCUCCCCAUUUCGAAAUUUGUUUCCAUCGUUCCAAAGAACACACAGCCAUCUGACCAAACUCAGAACUCCCCUCUUCCGUUCUUCACAGCCUCACUAUCUCUCAAAUUCUCAAAUUCUCCAAUUCCCAAUUUCCUUCAUCUUCCCCUUUUCCAUUUUCAAGCAAUUCCCACCUUCCUCAAUCCUUCUCUCCCAAAACCCACCAUGGCAAAUUCUCCCUAACACUCAAUUUUCAAUUCCAUUCCAACCCCCAAAGCUCACAAUGUCCUCCGAAGACAUCAAUGGCCUCAACUCCCACCUCGUCUUCCAAGAUGAAGCCCUCCCCUUCAAUUGCUCCACCACCCCACAGCGCCGCGUCCCCGACCCACCUCCCAAAACCCGCGAACUCUGCGGUUUCAUGGACGAUAAGCUCUUCCCUGUCGUCGACCGGGAUCGAUUCUUUUCCCACCAGGGUGAAGAUUUCCGCCGCAGUGUGUUCGGUCACACCCGGAAUUGGAAUGGGAAUGAGACUGCGAGAAGUGGGAAAGGAUCGGAUGAGGAAGAUGACGACGACGACGACGAUGAAGAUGAAGUCAAUGAUGGUGAUGAUGAUGUUGAAGGGCUUGUUUCUUUGGAUGAUGUUAAUAAAUGCAGUAAAACUGCUAACCCCAAUGAUAGUAACAAUGAUAGAAGUGAUCAGAGUAGUGGGGGGUUGAAGAAUGGGACUAUUAAAUUGGGAAAUGGGAAGCUUAAGCACCAUUCUUCUUUUGGUGGAACUCUGGUAGUCAAGGAUGGUUUGGUUGGCUCUUCAGGCAACGACACAGGAGCAACUCAGAGUGAGAACCAUCCACAGGGAAGGUUGGGGAACUACCCAAAUGCGGUUACAAUUGCAGAACAUGAAGGGGAUGCUUAUUAUUCCCAGUAUUUGCAAAGCACUGAAGGGUCUGCUUCUGGGCAGAAGGAUUUGGCUAUGGAAAAUGGAUGUGGUUUUGGGAGAAGGGAUGUUUCGUUUUCAGGAGAGCCUGGAGAGUCUUUGCGAGCAAUUCUCACUGACCCUGUGACGGGCGCUCUCAUGGACGAUGCAAUGAUAUUGCCGUGUGGGCAUUCCUUUGGGAGUGGUGGAAUACAACAUGUUCUUAGAGUAAAAUCUUGUUACUCGUGCUCUCAGUCAGUUUCUGAAGACUCUAUUGCUCAAAACUUAUCUCUUCAAGCUGCAGUCCAAGCAUUCCGCCGGGAAGAAGAAUUAUUAUUUUACCGCUCACCGAAAAGGAGAAGGGAGAGGUUUGAGCAGGACUUGACUUUCAUGGAUACUCCAAGAGGUCGAGGUGUUCAGUUUCCUUUCACAGUGACUGAUAGGGUAAUUAUCAAGGGGAACAAGAGGACACCACAACGUUUUGUGGGACGUGAGGCUGUUGUUACAACACAGUGCUUGAAUGGAUGGUAUGUGGUGAAAACGCUAGACAAUGCAGAGAGCGUAAAAUUGCAGUACCGCUCGCUUGCGAAGGUUCCAGAUGAUGCAACAUCAAAGACGAUAACAAGGAAGUUCACACCGAAUUGGCUUUAGCCUUGCAAUAUAGAUUAUAGGAACUUGAACUCAAGAUGCAUUACGAGCCUAGUUUUUCGAGGCUCAUUAUGUUGUAUUUAUAACACACAAAGGGAGUGAUAUGUAGGUGUUGUAAAUAUGCUUAAAACAAACAUUUUCCAUAGUUGAGGGGGGAGGUAGAAUUGAGUUUUGUGAUAGAAAAUGCUUUAGGUUUUCUAUAUCAGGUGAUUAGCUUUGUAUUUAAGUACAGAGGCUCACCUAAAUUUUGAGACUUAUGUAAUGGAAUUUUGGUAGUGUGUGGUUUGGAGGCUUAGAUGAUUUUUCAACAUUCACUUA